CUGGUCGUCGCUCGUCGCUUCAACGGGUCGAGAUUUGGAACAUCUGCUGCAGCCAUUAUGGCAUUCUCUCGAGCUUUGGCCUUCAUGGGCCUGGUUCAUCUGAUGAUCCAGAGCUCCAUCGCAUACGACCCGACGAUCACCACCGACUUCGGGCUGAUGGGUGCCGCGAGCGGUGCGGACUUCACGUCGACGGCUUUCGAGGCCGACAAGCUUCCAGCUGACCCCGCUGCCGGUGGGCUGGUGCUGGUGCCCCAGUUUGUUGGCCAGUUUCCUGGCCUCACAGGUCUGGGCAUCUCGUCGCUGUACUUCAAGCUCGGAGCUGGGGGUCUGGUUCCCCCCCACAUCCACGCCCGUGCCACAGAGCUCUUCAUCGUGCUGAAGGGAACGUUCUACGUGGGAUUCGUCGACGGAGCUAACAAGCUCUACACUGCCACGCUUUAUCCCGGAGACCAGUUCGUUUUCCCUCAGGCCUUGGUGCACUACCAGCUAGCGGGUGACUCGGCAGCCGAAGGCUACUCUUCUUUCAACAGCCAGAAUCCAGGAGUGACCUUGAUCGCCUCCAACGUUUUCGCUUCCACUCCGGGCAUUCCAGUGGGCGUGCUCUCUGCUGCUUUCGGGACCGAUGCCCAGACUGUCAUGAAAAUCAGAACUGCCCUCGGCGGCUGAUAGGACCAGAAACGUAGCUUACGGCAGUUGAGCUCCGCGAGUGUAAGUGGACACUCGUGUUUUGAAAAUUGCUGCCAGAAUUUCAAAAGUAUGUCAUCGGCGUACAUCUGAUCCAUACACAAUUCUCAGUGUCUGCUGUGGUUUCGCUUUCUACAAGUAAUAAACUCUCCAAUCUCCUCAGUAAUGAGAAUUUUACACCUUACACUUUUUUCGCUGCUUUGAAAACCGUCUGCUAUGUGCAAUGUUCUUUUACUGUUGGCGGUGGGAUCUGUCGAUAGCAAGCGAAUGACAACUCGGAAGGAGACAUCAUUUGUCGUGUUUUGCGCUCAACACUGAUUCUGAUUCUUCUGAGAUAAACCCACGAUCGUCCACUCUAUAAGAUGUAUGUGUCUGAUAGAAAAUUAGUCUGAUGAUUAUAUAUUGCACUCUCGGUCCACAGCAAAUUUAUAUGACAUUUACUGCUGCCGAACAUUCAGAUAUAACAAUAUACUGCAGAACGGGCGAAAGUGUAUUUGUAAAAAACUGCAUGCCUCAGUGCUCAUUUUCUGAAGAUUUUCUAUCGUUGAAAAUGCCAUGCUGUUUGUAUAAUAUUUUUUCGGUUACUCAUAUAUGAGAGGAAUCGCACAGACGAGAACAACGUCUUCAGCAGCAAUUUUGCUUAGAUUAUGAUUGCAACCUUUUAUUCGCGUUCUACCUUUCUUACCGGGUCAUACUUCCAAGUGAAAACUUUUCCAGUAGAAAAUUCAGAUUGAAGUAAACUAGUCUUGCUCUCAAAGCGGGUACUAGUCUUGGCUUAAAAAUUGUAUAAAUGUGCUAUAGUUAUGAUUUUUAAUUACUUCAUUAUAAUGGUAUAUGUAUUAUCGUG